AAAACUCCUCUCUUGAUUCGUUCAUGUAUACACAGACAUACACCAAAGUUUACGACUACUGUACUGCUGCAUCUUCAAGGAGACCUACGGCAUCGAGCGUUGGAGGGGGUCCUGGAGAUGGUUCUGUCAGAUUGGUUGGUGGGGAACUCUAUGCCAAACUCAAGACCUAUUUGAAACAUUACCUGGAGAAUCUGAAACAGAAGGAAGGUGAGUCUUUCCUUCAGUUCUAUAUCAGGACCUGGGAACGGUAUCUAAUUGGAUCCACAAGGCUGAACGAUGUCCUCGACUACAUAAAUAGAUACUGGGUCACCAAAGAACGAGGUGAUGGUCACAGAGAAAUAUACGACAUUCUCAGUCUGUGUUUACUUUCCUGGAGAGAUUACAAGUUUCACACAAAUUUAGACAUAUUGAUGUCAGAGAUCAUGGAGCAGAUUCGCGAUCAACGACUGAACAAAAUCGAUUCUAUUGGAAACUUAAGUGUGGCCAUCAAAUCCUUUGUCCUUCUAGGAUUUGACGUGAACGAUCUGAAGAAGCAGAACCUAUCUGUCUACAUUAACGAUUUCGAGAAAUCUUUUUUGACGGAAACAUACAAUUUCUACGCUGAGGAAUCUCAAAAUUUCAUCAAGGAGUACGGAGUUGUUAAUUACCUGGUGAAAGCAGAGCAGAGGAUAGAGGAAGAGCUGAAGAGACUCGAAGAGCUAAACGAUCAUACGAGAAGGCCAUUAAACGAUUGUUUGAAUGAGGUUUUGAUAACUAACCAUGCAGAUGUCAUUCGCUCAGAACUAACUCCAUUACUUGACCAGGAAAGAUAUUCUGAUAUCAGAAGAAUGCACCACCUUUUGAAAAGAGUGCCAAUGACAAUAGACCCACUUUUGCAGCAAUUCCAAGCGUACAUCAGACAACAGGGUCUUAAUGCUGUUGAAGAGCUCAAGUUGCAGCUUGAGGCACAACAAAAGGAACAGAGUGUGGAAGAAGAUGGAAAACCUAAAUCAAAGAAAGGGCUUGCAUAUGAUGUCGAUGCAAAGACGUAUAUUCAGACGCUUUUGAAAGUUUACCACAAAUUUCAAAAUGUGGUGAAGGAAUCCUUUGAAAACAACGAGGCAUUUGUGAAGGCUUUAGACAGCGCAUGCCAAUCCUUCAUAAACUAUAACCCAAUUGCUACCCCUAAAGACAAAUCCAAAUCCAAGACACCAGAUCUUCUUGCCAAAUAUGCGGACGAGAUGCUUAGGAAGAAACCUGAGGAUAUGUCUGUUGACGAGCUCAUGACAGUUUUCAAGUUCAUUGAUGACAAGGAAAGUUUUGAGGUCUGGUACAGGAGGUUCCUCUCCAAGAGAUUGAUGGGUUCGACAAUGACACCAGAAGACGGCGAAAGGGAGGAACUGAUCAUUGGCAAGUUGAGAUCGGCCAACACGCAGGAAUACACAAACAAAAUCACCAACAUGUUCAACGAUAUUAGAGUUUCGCGGGACCUCGGUGCCUUGUACAAAGAAACCAUCAUGCAGGAGCCUAAUCCUAAAGAGUAUGUUUCCGAUUUGGAACCGCGGAUUCUGGACUCUGGUGCUUGGCAGUCCAUUUUCAAUAAGAGCAACGAAUCUAUUUUGCUGCCACCAAUGCUAAUCAACACACAAGAGAAGUUCGCUUCUAUAUAUCAGUCGAAGUUCCCUGGACGGCAGCUCAGCUGGAUUUGGAAUCGGUCCAAAGUCGAGCUGAAAGCUAACAUUUCCAAACCUGGGAAGCCUCCAUUUUUGUUCACUGUCACUCUUUUCCAGAUGGCCAUUUUGUACCCAUUCAACGAAGCAGAUACGCUGAGCGUUGCUGAGUUACUAGAGGCCACUGCUGCUCCGGUGGAUGUGUUCAAGGCCAACAUCGUUCCCUUAGUUAAGAACAAACUUUUGAUUCAGAAUCCUCCAGGCGAGGAAGCUAUCACGAAGCCUCAUACAACUUUCACCAUCGUGAAGGAAUAUACAUCCAAGCGUAUCAAAGUGAAUUUCGCAUCUGGGGUGAAACUAACAGAUUCGAAGAAUGAAGAGAAGGACACAAACACCGAGAUUCAAAUGCGCCAUCACGGUAUUUUGAAGGCUUCUAUCGUGAGGGUGAUGAAAGCUAGAAAACAUUACAAGCACGAGCAGCUAACGAAUGAGGUUUACAAGAUGAUCGAUCGGUUCAAGCCUACUGUGGCGGACAUCAAGAAAGCGAUUGAGGUACUUAUCGAUGAGCAGUAUCUUGCACGAGACAGCGAAGGCACAGGGUAUGAAUAUUUAUCAUAGCAUCAUAUAAUACCUGUUUUAGAAAAUUUAUAUUCGGC